AUGCUCACCCGCAGUGCCCGGGCUAAACGGGAAGACCUCGAGCAGGCUGGGCCCAUGCACGCCGCCAAGAGGCGUCGCAUCAGCAAGAAGAGCCUCGCCUUCGAGUUGCGACUGGCGCAGUGGGGCGAGAAAUGCAUAGCAUUUCAAUCCUCUGGCAAGAAGUGGGGGCCCAGGCAGGCCUGCUGUCCCGCCAGCUUAUUUCUGUGGCAGGAGCCUGCAAAUCAACAAGCGAGGCCGUGCGUGGAGCUCCUGAGCCAAGAGGAGUUGAGUGAGCUGCAGGACUUCUACCGAAAGAACCCAAAUCAUGCCUUCUUCAAUACAGAUUCCACCGCCGGCUGCGUCCCAGAGCGUGGCGAGAAGCCUGCCGAGCCACCGAGCCGAGCUGGGCCGCGAGCCGAGGAAGGCCAGAUCGUCACGAAGUUCUUCCGCUCACUAGAGCGCCAGAGCGGCAUCCAGAAAAUCUACUGGCAGAGAGCAACGGCAAGCUGGCGUGUCCGUUGGGAGGUAUCAGGCAAGCAAAAGAACCUAACGUUUCCCAUCUCCAAGCACAUGAAGCUCGGGCUCGUAGAGGCCGAGGCCGUGGAGGCCGCCCUCGAUGAGGCCAAGGCUUUCCGCGAGGAGCUCGUGCGCCAGGGGAAGCUCAGGCCUUUGACGGCAAAAGCAUCUGGCUCCAGGCUGAGGGGCGUUGUCUACAAUAAAAGAAGAGGGCGCUAUCAUGUACAGCUCCGGGACCCUUCCACUAGCAAGAAGGUUUACGGUGGCGUUUUCAAGGUGAAGGAGGAGGCGGAGGCCAAGGCUCGGGAGCUGGCCAGGGAGUUGGGGCUGCAGGAGGUGGUGGUGCCGGUGAAACCGCUCUCAGAGCUCCUGCACUUCGAGCCCCUCGGGCCGCAGAAGGGGAUUAAGUGGAACCGCUGCGAGCAGGGCUGGCAUGCCCAAUGUGGGGUCAGGAAUCAACAAGCACAUGACGUUUCGCCCCAAGGAUUUCUCGGCGAAGGAGGUGGGGAAGUCCUGGAAGCAGGCCGUGGCUUGGCGCAAGCAGAAGGAGAAGGAGAGGGAGCACUGCAGAGCAGGAACUUAGGCAAGUUAUUUGUAAGCUUCGUUUCAGCCGAGCUGGACUUUGCAGAGACUAGGAUGAGCCAUCUACGAACAGUGCUGCUUCAGACUGGAAUCCUCUUGCGCGGCUUGCCUCCACUUUUGCAGCUCCCGAUUUGCUGUGUGUGCUGCCUCAUUAAACCCUAUAAACCCUAA